AUGACGGAUUUCCUCGCACGUCAUCCCGGGGGAGCUAAUGCCAUAUUAGCAGAGGCCGGGAAAGACGUCAGUCGUUUAUUCUCCAUGCUCCACGCGCCAGAUGCCCUGAGCUCACUUCCGGAAGAGUACUGCGUAGGGCCUGUUGACAUGACGACCCUUCCGGCCGAGGAAGAGGAUCUGUCUGAAGAGGAUGCUGCGCGGAUAGACGCUCGAGACGAAAUGCCAACAGCUGAUGCGAUGCUCUUACUCAGCGACUUUGAGUUCUGGGCCGAGCGAACUCUGGGAAAAGCGGCAUGGGCGUACUACCGGAGCGCAUCGGAUCAAGAAGCCACAUUUCACGAGAACGCGAAUGCGUAUAAGAGAUACUUCUUUCGGCCACGCAUCCUGCGCGACAUGUCACACGGAGAUAUGGAGACGUCUAUUGUUGGGAUUCCAGUGUCAAUGCCUGUCGUUAUCUCGCCGGCUGCCAUGGCGAAGCUCGGCCAUCCGUUGGGCGAGGUCAAUCUGACUAGGGCGGCCGGAACAGCGGGUGUUGUUCAAAUUAUCUCUGCAAAUGCCAGCUGUAGUCUGGAAGAGAUCUUCGAGUCUAGAACAGAUGACCACCAGCCCUUGUUCUACCAGGUUUACUUGAACAAAGACAGGAAACAGUCCGAACAGGUCAUCCAAAAGGCUGAACGCCUCGGCGCCAAGGCUAUCGUCUUUACUGUCGACGUCAUGAGGCAGACGAAGCGAACGAUGGACGUUCGAGCCAAACUAGAAGCCUCACCCCCUAAGAAAAAUGACGACGGGCCAAAACAGAAGAGCGUCUCCGAGAGCAUCUCCGGAUACCAGGACUGGAACCUGACCUGGGGAGAUAUUGACUUUAUCAGGGGCAUCACCAAACUUCCCAUAAUAGUUAAGGGGGUUCAGUCCGUCGAAGAUGUUCAGCUCUGCGUCAACCAUGGCGUAGAGGGUGUGAUCUUGUCAAACCACGGAGGCCGACAGGCCGACUAUGCGCCCGCACCGAUUGAUAUACUCUAUGAGCUACGUGUCCACCAGCCCCAUCUAUUCAGCCAAAUAGACGUCAUGGUCGAUGGUGGCAUUCGCUCUGGUGCCGACGUGGUGAAGGCACUGGCCCUCGGUGCGAAGGCGGUGGGACUUGGACGUCCUUUUAUGUAUGCGAACGGCACGCAUGGCGAGGAAGGUGUUUCUAGAGCACUUGAAAGUAUGUACCUACCCCGAUUUCAUAUUGACAUUGACUACACCAAUAGAAAACAUUGCAUCAUGUACUAA